AUGAUAGACAAAAAGAUCCGCGACCAGGAAGCCCUUGCCGAGGCAGAGUUACAGUCCCUAGAAGUCACCUCCAUGGAGGACGCAUUUCCAGAUGGGGGAUGGAAGGCUUGGCUCACAGUGGCUGGGGGACUGCUGGCACAGAUUUCAAGCAUCGGGUUUCUGAGCGCGUUUUCCGUCUUCCAGAGCUACUAUAGCCAGGUAACACUGCCCAACUCAAGCUCCAGUGAAAUCGCCUGGAUCGGUAGCCUGCAGAUUUUCGGUUGCUUCUUCCUAGGAUUAGGUGCCGGUAGGUUGUCCGACCAGCGAGGUCCCAAGUUGCCCCUCGCCCUAGGCACCUUUUUCAUGGUCUUGGGAACGAUGAUGGCGUCGAUUUCAUCCUCCUACUAUCAAUUCGUCCUCUCGCAGGGGGUCUGCUGCGCCAUCGGCUUCGGUUUGGUCUUCACCCCAGCGUUAGCGGUUCAAUCCCAAUGGUUCCUGAAGAAACGCGGAUUCAUGGUCGGCUUGGUCAUGUCAGGCCAAAACAUCGGCGGUGUCAUCUGGCCAGUCAUCGUAGACCGGCUCAUCAACACGUACAAAUUGUCACUGGGGUGGACGCUGCGAACCAUUGGCUUCAUGCAGUUGUUCCUUAUGGUCGCCGCCACAUUGCUGGUUCAUCCACGCUUUCCGCAGAUCCCUCGAGAGCCGAUUCCAAUGAAGCGGUUCCUAGCUGAUAAACGGACCUGCAUAUUUACUUUCUCCACAUUUAUCCUUUUCUUCGGGAUCUACAUUCCUUAUUUUUAUAUCACUCCCUAUGCGAUGCAAUGGGGUGCGUCCCUGAAUAUGGCAUUCUACAUGUCGUCGAUCUUGAAUGCUGGCGCCUUUCUCGGUUGUUACUUAUUCGGCGUUGCAUCCGAUCACGGGAUUGGCCCCUUCAAUUUACUUACGGCGGCGGCCUUGGGUUGUGCUGGGACGGCCUUUGGCUGGAUUGGUGCCAGGGCCAAUGCUGGAAUGAUUGUGUGGAGUAUUAUUUACGGUCUCUUCUCGGGCGCCCUCCAAGCGCUUUUUUCGCCGUGUAUCUCCCAAUUGGCACCAGAGCCAGGAUUGAUUGGUACAUGGAACGGGCUAUGCAUCAGUAUAUUCUCGUUCGCUGUGCUCGGCAUGGGACCAAUCGCCGGAAAGCUGUUGGACAACACGGGCGGCACUAGCUAUCGCACCAUGCAACUGUUUACGGGGGUGUUCUUAGCUACUGCCAGUGUUUUAUACUUGAUUACCCGCCUUCUCGUUUCUCGAAAGGCCAUUGCUUGA